AUGGAUGUUAAGAAACGUUUGGAGAUGACGCUAGAAUUGGUGAAAAAACAAGUACUAUCAAGUGUCCCAAGGGUGGAGACAAAUGACAAAUCUUCACAGUCUGGUUCGCACUACUAUAGGAAUAUUUUCAAUUCUAUAAUGUUUAGAGGCCCAACUUUCUAUAGUUCCAAGAUUUAUAUGUCAAUGACUGGAAAACAACUUGAAGCUUAUAAAGUAUGUUCUCUUAUGCAAGAGACUUUAGGGGAAGAAUUAACGCUAAUAAAGACAAAAUUCCAAAACGUGUAUUAA